AUGAUUCGCCAAUUCUGGGAAAUUGAAGAAGUUCCGAAUACUGCCACUACUUCGACCGAAGAACAACGAUGUGAAGACCAUUUUACAUCAACACACUUCCGAGACAACAGUGGACGAUUUGUGGUUCGAUUACCGCUCAAAGAGAACGCCAAUCAGAUGGACAGCUGCCGAAAUCUAGCAAUACGACGCUUUUUCAUGCUAGAAAAUCGGCUACAGCGCAACCCCGAACUGAAAGCGCAAUAUGUGGACUUCAUCCGAGAGUAUCUGCAACUUGGUCAUUGCCGAGAGGUAAAUGUGAUCGACAACAUCAAGCCAUAUUAUUUGCCACAUCACGCGGUACUUCGUCCUGGAAGCUCGUCGACAAAAUGUCGGGUUGUUUUCGACGCAAGCGCUAAAUCUGCUCCAACGAAUCUGUCGCUCAACGAUGUGCUGCUGAUAGGUCCAGUAGUUCAAAGCGACAUCGUCUCCAUCAUGCUUCGCUUUCGACUACACCAGAUUGUUUUCUCGGCGGACAUUACCAAGAUGUACCGUCAGAUUAAUGUGCACCCCGACGACACACACAAGCAGCGUAUAUAUUGGAGGGAGAAUCCGAACGAUCCGCUGAAAAUUCUGGAGCUACUGACCGUCACUUACGGUACUGCUUCAGCGCCUUUCCAAGCCACUCGAUGCCUGGUGCAGCUGGCCAACGAAGAAGAAGCGACAUUCCCGGUAGCAGCAAAUAUCAUCAAGUCUGACUGUUAUGUUGACGACGUCUUAUCAGGGACUGCUACGAUCGACGAUGCUAUCGAAGCACAACACCAGCUACAAUUGAUGUUGGCUCGUGGUGGAUUCCCAAUUCACAAGUGGUGCUCUAAUUCACCCGAGCUACUUGCACGUAUUCCGGAAGACGAGAAAGAAACGCUGAAGCCGCUUGCAGAUCGCCAUGUCAACAAUGUCAUCAAGGUUCUCGGCCUACUGUGGGAGCCAAUCACCGAUGAACUUUUAAUUGCCGAAUGCGCAAAGGCGCCAACUGAACGCGACCCACCAGCUACGAAGCGUAUAAUCUACUCGGAGGUAGCGAAACACUACGAUCCGCUAGGAUUAUUCGCACCUUCUAUCCUUUUAGCAAAGCUUCUGGUACAACGCUUAUGGCAAUGUAAACUGGAUUGGAACGAACCCGUUGACGACCAAACACAAAUGGAAUGGAACAACCUCAAGACCGCGCUCCCUCAACUGAUGCAGAUGCAUCUAAUGCGGCAUACGGAGCCUGCGUUUACAUCCAAAGCCUAAUGGAUGAUGGAACCGUCAAAUCCAGACUGCUAAUCAGCAAAUCGAAGGUGGCACCACUCCGAGC